CCACCUAUUGAGUUAAAAACAAAUGGAGUAGUAAUAGUAGGAGUAGGAGUAGGAGUAGGAGUAGCAGUAACAGAGCACCUUAUUAAACAUGGAGUAGUAAAAGAUUGAUGUUUGUUCUGUCUGAAAAUUUAUAAGUAGAUAUUAUGACACGUGAAUUGCGAUAAGGUUUGCUUUCUGUUUUUCCAUUUCUUCCCAACCCAACAAUCAUUUCUACACAUCUUUCGUUUAAAAUCGAAGCUUGAGUUCCAACGCCAUGAGUGAAGAUAUUCACAGUUGUACAGAUGAAACAGAGCGUCUGUGCGAUUUCUGCAACGAGUCGAAGGCGCUCCUCUACUGCCGCGCGGAUUCCGCCAAGCUCUGCUUCAGCUGCGAUCUCGAGGUGCACUCCACGAAUCCGCUCUUUCAGAAGCACAACCGCUCCCUCCUCUGCGAUUCCUGCAGUUCCUCCCCCUCUUCCAUCUUCUGCUCCACCGAAUCCGCCGUCCUCUGCCAGAAUUGCGACUGGGAGAUCCACAAUAGCUUCGCCUCCAUCCACGACCGCCGCCCGCUCGAAGGCUUCUCCGGCUGUCCUUCCGUCACCGACCUGCUUAGGUUUCUAGGGUUGCAGGAUUUCGGGAAGAAUAAAUUGGAUCUCGCCGCCGGAAACGAAUUUCUCGAUAUGUUGGUGUGGGAGACGCCGACUGUCGUCACCCUCGAUGAUUUGAUCGUCGCCAAUAAUUAUGAUGAUGAUUCUGCCCCUGCUCUUCAGUCUACCGGCUUGCCCCCUUUCCCUAAGAAUCGAAAUGCAUCGUGUGGUAAGCACAUGGAAGAAAUAUUUUCCCAACUUCACGAGAUGGCAAAGAAGGAUCCAAACUACAGUGGUUCCCUUGAAGCCUUUGUGGAAAACAAUCAACCACAAGUAACUGCAAAAUGUCCAAAGGAAACUAAGGUGGAGGAGCCGGCUAGUAAUGGUGAUUGGUGUUUUGUUGGAGGGGUUCAAGAUGAAGGCUUUCCUUGUGCAUAUUUUGGUGAUUUCAGUGAGAUGAGCCAUUUGGUGCCGGACAAGGAUUCAGACGCAGCUGACAGUGCUGGUUUUGGAAAUGGUCUUCAAGAGAUUCAACCGUGUGUUCCUGUCGAUUCUCAACUGCCUCCUACUGCAGCAACACGUGAGCUUAACAGCCAAGAGCGAGACUCUGCACUAUCACGCUACAAGGAGAAGAAGAAAACUAGAAGGUACGACAAGCAUGUGAGAUACGAAUCCAGAAAAGUUCGAGCACAAAGUAGGGUGAGAAUAAAGGGCCGUUUUGCAAAGAAGGAUCGCUAGUUUCAGCAGCGCAACGAUGUUUGAAUCGUGAGAUUGUGAAAUCGAGGUUCGAGUGUUUGGUGGAAUGGGGGUAUGCAUAUUCAUUGGAUUAGCAGAUACUAACAGCAGUUAGUUAGUUAGCCAUAUGUUAGCUUAGCUUUUCCUUGUUUUUUAUGCUGUAAAAAAUGUUAGAACACACAUUUGUUUGUUAUCCUCUAUCUAGCUCCUGCUUUUCUCCCAACAAUGUGUAUAGAUAUGUUAUGUACUGUAUUCUAUAUAUCUCCGCGUUUGUAGCA